UCAUUCUACAGGUUGAGAGAACCUGUCAAGUUUGAAAACUGUCAGGUUCUGUUGUGUAGUCACUGUUUGAAUUUUAUCCCAGUUCCUUAACAUGGAGUUUCCGGAUUUAGGAAAACAUUGUGCUAUGUCACUUUGUAAUAAGUUAGAUUUUCUUCCAGUCAAAUGUGAUUGUUGUCACCAAAUUUUUUGCUGUGAGCAUAUGAAAUAUGAUGAUCAUAUGUGCCCAAAUGCAGGGGCAAAAGAUAUUCAAGUUCCCAUCUGUCCCCUUUGUAACAAUCCUGUCCCAUCUAAGAGACAUGAGCCUCCUGACAUAGCUGUCAGCGCUCAUAUUGAUAGGGAUUGUGAGUCAGAUCCAGCAGUUGGAAGAAGAAAGGUCUAUAUCAAUAAAUGUUCGAUGAAUGCUUGUCGGAAAAAAGAAAUUGUGCCAUUUGUGUGUCCUAACUGCUCACAAAAUUUUUGUGUCACACACCGACAUCCAAGUGACCAUGAAUGCAGUCGUCUUAGUAACCGCUCAGACAAAUCUACAAGCACUGAUACAGUGGUUUCGAGCGCUGUUGUUGCAGGUUAUGAAGCAAUUCAAGGAGAUCUGGACGAAGAUGAGGCAUUAGCAUGUGCAAUUGCAUUAUCCAUGGAAGAAGGUCUUAAGCAAAGUAGUAGAAGUUCUCAAAGUGAUACUACAGGUGCUGAUGAGAGACCUACCACAAGUCGAUCAAAACCUAAUGAUCCUGCCUCUCAUUGCCGUGUUUCAUAGUUAUCUACUGAUUUUUUUUUCUCCAGUAGAUAACCAUAAAAAUCUUGUUUCUUUUUUUUCCUAUACUGUGUUUUCUGUGGUAUCUAAUGGAUGUUUUUUGUAAAAAUUUCAUAUCAAAGAAGCAAAAUUUAGAGGAAAAAAAAAAAGAAUAAUUUAUAUGUACAUUAUUUUAUAAAUGUUCCCUUAUUUCUUACCAUUCCAAUUCCUUCAGAACCCUGUUCAAUUUCAUUAUUCGUCAUUGUAUGUGUAACUUUCAAUCACUGAAUUUGGCCAAUGAUCAAAAUUUUACUAAUAAUGUAUGAGUAAACAUAUUUGCCCCACCACUGGUUUAGUCUUUCAACUUCAGUCAUAGGAAUAAAAAUUAUCCACAACCCAGUGUAGACAAUAUAGCUAGUCAAUGCAUUUAGUGUAUUGAGCAUUUUUUAACAGACUAUAGCUCCUUAAAUUUAUCUGUUGGCAAGGUCUGGUUUCAAAUUGUUUCAUCAAAUGUAAUUGUAAGAAAAGUUAUAUUAGGGAUGAUUUACAUAUAAACUUGGUAACGGCUGAAGAUGGUGAUGUGGGUAUUUUGUAUUAUUGCAAAGAUUGAACUUCAAGUAUUAAUUUGUUGAUUAAAUUAUUGUAUUUACUCCACAACCCAUUGUAUGCAUUUUAUUUCAGACAGUAAUCAAACAGAAUGGUUUUUUACAUAUCUUGUGGGUUAUAAUUUUGGUGAUUGGCCAAAGUCGGUUAUUGAAUUUUACAUAAACGUUUUAUUUACAAAUCACAAUAAGAAAGAUCAUUUAUCUACUUUAACUAAAUGUGAUGUGCCUUGUUUUUUUUUUCCUUACUCAUAGUUACCUUAUAUUUUUUAUAUUAUCAAUCUGUUAUGUUAAUCCGUGGUACAGACCCCUUUUUAUCG